GGGCAGGGGCCGGAGUGGCUGAGUCCUGUGAGUGAGGCCAUGGCUGCCACUCUUCCCCGCGGCUGGGAGAUGAAGCGAGAUCCUGACAGCGGCUGGCCCUACUACAUCGACCACAACACCGGCACUACUACAUGGAACGACCCGCGGGUCCGGAAGGAAAUGCCAUACCCAGGGUUUGCCUCCAAUUACUGGUAUCCCACCGGGCAUCAACCUAGUCCAUAUCCGAAUAACUAUUCUCAAAUGAUGGACCAUCAAAUGCCUCAUCAAGGCUUAGUCAAUGGUGUGUUUUCCUCUGGACGAGCAUCAUCUCCGCGACCCGUCCAGGGGAACUCUUGGUAUCCUCCAGGGCCAAGUGAGAACAUGCGGGGUGAUCCGAUACCGAGCGAAAGUCACCAACAGCAGACCUACCGCCAGCACCCUCCGCACCAGCAGCACCCUACCCAGCAAGCAGGGCUGCCGAGGCCUCCGUCCAAUGGGAAUGCUUCCUCUGCACAGUGGGCUCACUCACAAACCGGCCCACCCAGCCAGGGGCUGCUGGCGAGGUCACAGGCGCCUGCUCAUCAGUCUUAUCCACCAGCCCAAGGACAGCGGGAACUGUAUGAUCAACAGUCUCCAUACCCAGUAACGUCAUCUCAGUAUCACUUUGGAAACCCAGGUUCUGCCCCUCAACAGCCCCUAUAUCCUUCUCCACAUCAGCCUGCGCCCGGCCCACAGUCCCAGCCCUGGCAACCUUCGAUGCAGGCGUCCGCUCUUCCCACAGCAGGAGUACCGUCCCAUGACCCCUGGGCCCAAGUCCGAGUUCCGGGACUGCAGUCAUCUGCAGAGCAGUUCAGUCAUCCGAUGUCGGCUUUCGGGGGUAACGUUGUUUCCGGACCAACACCCAGCUGGCCAAGACUCAGUCCAUCACCAUCUGUUUAUGAACAAAAGGAUGUUCCAUAUUCACUAAACCACCAAGACCCCCUGCCUCGCCUGAACAACAACUUCCCAGGGAAUGACCAGCAGCCCACGGGCUACCUCCCAACCCGAACCCCAGACCAGCUGCCAAACACUUCCCAAGGCCCACGGAUGGAAUACAGUGCUCCCCCUACUGUGUACAAGUCCCGCACAGAAAACAAGGGUGCUGCAGAGAAGCCCGCUGGCGCCACAAACAAUGGGACGGAGCAGGCUGACAUUGUCAUGCACCCAGGCCAAGCUAAAGUAGAACAAGUCAUGAGCAACGUACAGCAGCUAGAGGCAGAGGUGAAUCAGUUUGAUGGGAAGAGAGGAGACAAGACUUACCGCUUACUGGAGGAACUCCUGACAAAGCAGCUUCUGGAAGUGGAUUCGGUGGAAACUAAUGGUCAAGAGCACAUACGGCAGAUUCGUAAAGAGGCUGUCCACAAGAUUCAGGGCGUGCUGGAGAAACUGGAGAAGAUUGCAAGGUAGAAGUUGAGGACACCAAAAGAGAAGUCCACCAAUCACUGUCAGGAGUAUAAUUUCAAAUAAUUUUACCACACUGAUUCACCAGGAGAGCUGGACAAUGAGAUCCCUUGUUGCUAGUAAACUAUUAACCUGACCUCACUGUGUAUGAAUCGUUCUUGUAUAGACUAGGUUGUUUGGUUUACAGGUACAUUGGAAACAAACCUAGUGUGCUCAACAAGAGUGAACUGUCCAAAUAAAGAAUUUCAUCUUAGUGGUGAGCAUUGUAAGAAAUUGUGACCAAUUUCAUGAAUUCCCUUUUAAGACCAAUCUGAACACCCUUGUAUCAAUAGUAGACUGAUUAAAGGCUUCAUUGCAUUUGUCAUUAUUCCACCAUGCUUUGCUGAAAACUGGGUAGGCAACAUGCAAGGUGAGUGACUCCAAAAAAAAAAAGAAUAAGCAUAUUGUUUUCUUGGGUGAUUGUUCCCUGCACUUGGAGGUCCAAUGGGUUUUUAAACUGGCAUGUCAGUAACUUGCCCCUUUAUGAUGGCAUUUGCGCUGAUAUUUCUGAACAUGAGCCAUACUCUGCAGAUUUUUUUUAAAAAGUGCAAUGAGGUCUAAAUGAAUUUGUAUGCUAAAUGAGAUUGAAAGGACUGAAUUUGAAGACUUCAGCAACUGAAGCUGAAGAUUGCUUGGUAAAUCAGUGCUGCAAAUGCAGGACAGCUGAAAGGAUUGGCUACAAGAAUGAGAAUUCAGGAGCUGGAUGAUGCAUGCACGCUGUCAGAUGGAACUACGAUGUUGCUUUAGACACACCUGCUGUGCUGGAACCUGAAUCAAUAAUCUGCUUGUUCUUAGCCGCUUGUACAGUAAUCGAUGCAGCAACGAUACUUUGUUUUGGUAUAGAUACCUUCUACUAAGUGUUGCUGAGUUACACUCUAAUUGCUGUGAUUUAGGAGGGAGACCCAUACCCAGGAGAUGAACACAAAAUGAAUGAGACUGGCUGGAGUUCACUGUUAACUUUCCAUCCUUCAUCGAUAAUUGGAUACAAUGGAUGUCAUAUUCUCAUAAGUACAUCAACAUCUGACUGCAAACUACCCUGGCGUAGCCUUGUUCACUCUACCAACCAGUGGCUCCACGGCUCUAAACUUUUAUUAUUGGGGAAUGUUUCCAAGACACUGGACGGCAAAUUGUUUUCUCAAUUGUAGAACAAUCUGGAACACCAGCCUUUAAUGCUAUCCUCCUGCCCUCCUGGUUUCUGGACUCGUUCCAAGUUGAUGCAUGGAUUUGUCGAGUAAGAAGACGAAUGCACAGCCUGGACAAGGCAGAUUGGACAUUGUCCACCAUGCUGACUGUGUGGUUGCAUCCUGAUGUGAACAGAAUGUUGCUGGGCAGAAAUGGAACGUGGUGCACGGUGACACGUUGGUAGUGGGUGACUGGAUUAAUCAACUGCCUGUUCAGUGUUCUGUGAUUUUUCACCCCCCCCCCUUUUUUUUUGCAAUUGCAAAGCCUUCGUACCACAUGGAAAAUGUGGAGAGUUGGGUGGGCAAGAAAAUGAAGGCAACUAUAGAACAGCAGUAAUUUUAUUUUAUCUCAUCGGGGUUCCAUCAGUCCCACAGUGUGGCAAACUGAUAACAGAGGGAAAAAUCUGGUUUUCUCCAUCUUUUCGCACUCAUUCCCCCUCCCCCCCCACACACAUUAUUUUUGUUUCGAGCAGAUUCUCAGCCUACUCAAGACUCUUUCCGUUCUGCUUGCACCACGUAGGACUGCAGAGACAUUAAAAAUGCUGAUUUUUCUGUCUGGGGAUAAAUGCUGUGGGGGUCGAUCCACUGAGGAGACUGCCCAUACCGUCCCUGCCCUGUGGUGCAGCAGGUCUGUGUCCUCCUCAUUCAGAUUGGGAGCAGCUGAUAUGGAUACCCAAGCAGUCAGUUUGUGCUUUUUUUUGGGAGGAAUGUGCUUGAGAUCUCAGUGUUGGAUGCUGAACUGCGCAACGGCCAGUGCUGCGCUGUCUCUGGGUUGGGAGACCGAGCUCACUGUUGAGUAUGGGUUGGGCAGGAGGGAGGGAAUGCUGGAGCAACGACCAGUUGCAAAGCCUCCUCGUUCUAUCCACCCCCGUGGUGUGUGCGGAGACUGCCAUGGAAUGUUCCAGAACCAGGCUCCCCUCUCCAACAUUUCCACUCCAUUCCAUUCCACCCAGCUGCCCCCCCCCCAUAAAAUUUGCGGAAUGGGAAAUCAGGAGGCUGGUCAGUGUUUGCAUGCAUGCUUUCUGUACACCAGAUGACUGCUUUAACUGCCCUCUGCCGUAAUAUAGUGGCCUUCAGCACAGGUGUUUUGUCCAGAGUAUAUUUAACUUUAGUGGCUAUCUCUUAGUAUGUUCAUCCAUUAUCCCUUGCUCCUUUCUCCUUGUAUAAACCUGUGUCGCAAACCUUCCUUUCGAUUAUAAUUCAUAAUGUUUAAAGUUGCAGGACCCGUGAACAUAUGCUUGUGAUAAUAUCUGUGUUGAGUUCUUUAGGAAUGGGUGAUUGUUAUUACUAGUUGUGGGGUCGUGUGAAAUAUGUUGUCCUAGUGCACCAGGCUAUAUGCAGUUUUAUAUAUAAAUAUCUAUAUUCUAUAUGCAUGAUAGAACACUUUAUAUUUUAUUAACACAGGUUUGAUUGGAAUACAGAAGCAUGGAAUUUAAUGAUAUGUAUGUAUGCACACAGACACACCCACCUAAACUUGGACUCAUUACUGGAUUUUGAGUUUAAGUAUCUGUUCUGGAAGUACAGUCGUAUCUGCAAGGGUCCUUUCAUCACCUUUAAUUUCUUAUGAUUUUACUGUGUAGCAAUCUCAGGUAUUUUCCACUGUAGUCACGAAUUGCAGAAUUAAAAAUAGGUAGUGGGGACUCACUUGUUUCAAAAGGUGAGAAAAAGUUUCUAAAAAUUAAUUUUUGAUGAGAAAAAAAUAUAUAUCUUUUAUCUAAAAAUGUAGUGCUUCUGUGAUGUUGGCCAGGCUAUUUGUUAAUGGCAAUUUUUGUGUGUUGCCUUCCUUCAUCUGACUGUUGCAGCGUACUCUGAUGUAUAAGUAUUGAACUGUGGUUGUCUUCCAUUCCUUAGCUUGCUCUGAUUUGUGCAAUAAACAUC